AAGAGACUGUAGUAGAGUAGGGGAAGUGGAUGGAUAAAACCAGAAGGAGGCAGCAAUCCAACACAAAGGAUGCCAGCUGCUGUAAAACCCCAAAGAAGAAGAAGUGCUGCUGGAGUUUUACCUCUUAGUAGAAGACCAGAGGAAGUGGUCACAGUAUGCUGCAGCCAGAGAUGAAGACUAAUCACUGAUCAUGAAGGCCACAGCUUGUAUAACAAGGGAGUACGGCUCCAUCUUCCUCUUUCUGGCUGCCUCUGUCUUGAUCUUUGUGCUACGUAACAAGAACGUUCUGGAGGUAAGAACUUUUUCAACACAGAGUGAACGCCACCAUCAGUGUCCCAAGAGUCUCCACUGACCCUGACAUGCAUCGCAGCUUCUGCACCUUCCAGCCACUGUCCCCAAAGGAUGCUCUGGAGGAACGAUUCAUCCUACACUCCAUCGCUUGGCCUGAAACUCCACCUGUUUCCUUGGCGCAGACCAGCGAUCCAGCUCACAGCACCUUCACCAUUCUCCCAGGGAGGGGAGGAGGACAGUGGCACAUAGGGGAUCAGCUGGAGGUUAUGAUACAGAUGUCUGACUUUAAGGGCCGGCCCAAGAAGUGUGGGGGGGACUUUUUACUCGCCAAGCUGCACAACUGGAAGCUUGGUGCAGGUGUGGCUGGGCAAGUGGUGGAUCAUCUCAAUGGGAGUUACUCUGCUGUAUUCUCUUUACUCUGGGAAGGAGGCGCGCAGGUUGAGGUGAUCAUGUUAACUCAGGUGACGCUGGUUCAUCCUAGUGAGGCCGUCACAGUGCUGAACAGGCUGAACAGCGAACAGCCUGACAGGAUGUACUUCAACAGCCUCUUCCGCUCAGGCUCACUCUCUGAAACUACCGUCUGUAACAUAUGCCUACGUCCAACCCAGCAGCCGCUGUGCAACUACACUGACGUCCGUACAGGCGAGCCUUGGUCAUGCUACAAGCCAAAGAAGCUGAGCUGUGAUGCCAGGGUCGACCACGUCAGGGGAGGAUACAGACUCAACCUUAAGGCCCAGGAGGAGAAGCUCUUUCGAGGUGGUGUCAACAUGAAAGUCUCCAUUCGGGCUUCAGGACCUGCCAGUGUCACCGUGUUGCCAAAAAAGGAAGGUCAACCAAAGGUGAAGAGCACCAGUGUGACAUCUGGUCCUUCUGGUUAUUACUACCAGGAUGUGUGGCGAGCACUAGGUGGCACCACAGUUCACCAAUUCAACACCCCCUAUGCCAUCAGUCAGUGUCUGCAAGGCAAGGUGGUCCACCUGUAUGGAGACUCCACCAUCAGGCAGUGGUUUUAUUUCCUCAUCGCAGCUCUACCAGAUCUGAAGGAGUUUGACCUGCACAGCCUGAAGAAUGUUGGACCUUUCAUGGCCUUGGACUAUGCAAACAACAUCUUGUUAACAUUCCGCUGCCAUGGUCCUCCUCUGUUUUUUGCCAGGGUCUCAACCAGCGAGCUUCGUUACAUUGCCAAUGAACUAGAUGGCUUAAUUGGAGGCACCAACACUGUCGUAGUUUUUGGCAUCUGGGCUCACUUCAGCACUUUUCCGAUGGAGAUCUAUAUCCGGAGGCUGCAGAGCAUCCGCGGGGCGGUGGUGCGGCUGCUGGACAGGGCUCCAGGAACGCUGGUUUUUGCGCUGGAUUAGUUGAGACCAGAAGAACAAAUUCUUUAUUACAGUCAGUGCCCAGGCCACAUUAUUCACUUGAGUUUGGGAUAUUUUUAACUGCAGCCAUCUACAAAGUAAAUGAAAUGGCUCAUGU